AUGGGGAAGGCGGGGCGCUGGCUCCGGAGCUUCCUGUCGGGCAAGAAGGACAGGCCGCCGCAGGCCGUGGAUCCGCCGGCGGCCCCCAAGGACAAGCGGUGGAGCUUCAGGCGCCCCCCGGCGGCGCAGGAAGGGAAGGCCGUCGAUGCGGCGGGGCGCGGCGGGCCGGACCAGGACCAGGGAUCGCUUGGUUUCCCGGCGCCGGGCGUCGAGUUCGACCAGAAGAAGCACGCCGUGGCGGUGGCCGUGGCGACCGCGGCCGCGGCCGACGCGGCGGUGGCCGCCGCGCACGCCGCCGCCGCCGUGGCGCGCCUGUCCUCCCGCGGGGCGCCGCGCAUGGCACUGCCGCCGUGCCUCGUCGAGGACGCCGCCGCCGUCAGGAUCCAGGCCACCUUCAGAGGCUAUCUGGUACCUACUCCGAACCGCGCAUUCCUUACUUCUGUUUCAGAAAAGAAAAGAUUGCAGAUUUUUUUUUUUGAUAACGCGUCAUGCGACACGACCGACUCGUCUGGCGUGGCGUGGCAGGCGCGGACGGCUCUGUGCGCGCUGAGGGGCAUCGUGAAGCUGCAAGCUCUGGUGCGGGGGCAGCUGGUGAGGAAGCAGGCCAACGCCACGCUCCGCUGCAUGCAGGCGCUCCUCGCCGCGCAGUCCCACCUGCGGGCACAGCGCAUGCUCGCGCUCCAGCACCAUGACCACCACCCGACGCCGCAGCACACCACAACCACCAUGCCAUUGAUCGAUCAAUCAAUUAAUCCAUCCACGCGCCUGCCAGACCAAAAGGGCAGUCGCCGCAAAAUUUAUGCACGUCGAAUGUUUAGGCAAUUUCCGGGACCGCCUGCUCCUCACGAGAUGGACAGGUCGUGCGAGGAGAACGCCAAGAUCGUGGAGGUGGACGUCGGGGAGCCCGUGCGGCGGAGCCGGAGCGCGGGGAAGGAUAGGCAGCUCUUCGCCGACCACCACGCCGGCCGGUCCUCCCCGGCGCCGUCGGCGGUGACGGAGCUGAUGAGCCCGCGGACGUAUAGCGGCCACUUCGACGAGUUCUCGGUGGCCAACACGGCGCGGAGCAGCCCGCGGCAUCAGGCGUCGGAGGCGUGCCCGGGCUACAUGGCCAACACGGAGUCGUCCCGCGCCAAGGCGCGGUCCCAGAGCGCGCCCCGCCAGCGCACCGACGCGCUGGAGCGGCUGCCCAGCCGGAGGAAAGGGACGCCGCCCAGGGCCACCGCCAAGAUGCAGCGCUCGUCGUCGCUGGCCGGCGCCGCUCCGCGCGGGGCCGGCCAUUACUCAUCCCCGUGGUCGUCGGGCGCCAGGCUCGACGUCUCCACCGCGUCGCUCAAGGACAGCGAGUGCGGCUCCACCAGCUCCGUGCUCACCGCCGCCACCGUCUACAGCCGGACGCGGUCACUCGUCGGCUUCGAGGUGCGCCGUGGCCUGUACUGA